AUGGCUCUGACCCAGGACCCGGAGCAGAGGCUGUGGGAGGCCGAGCGCCGGGAGCGAGCCCUGCACGGCCGCCUGGCCCGCCUGGAAGAGCAGAACCGGCAGCUCCUGGGGCAGCUUGUGGAGAGCCAGUCCCAGGAAGACAGCACGGCACGGAAGGAGCGGGAGGUGAUGCUGCGGCUGAAGGAGGUGGUGGACAAGCAGAGGGAUGAGCUGCGUGCCCAAGCCCACGAGAUCGUCUGCAAGAGCCGAGACACGGAGGCGGUGAGCGUGCGGGAGCUGGCGGGCGUGGAAGGAGCACCGCUGCCCGCAGAGGAGCCGCAGCACCAGGACGCGGGCAGGAGCCCUGCUCACUGCUGCUUCUCCAAGGAAGAGCUGCAGCAGAUCCUGCAAGAGCGGAACGAGCUGAAGACCAACCUGUUCCUGGUGCAGGAGGAGCUGGCCUAUUACCAGCGGGAGCUGCUGAACGAAGAGAGAGAUCCCAGCCUCUUCCUGGAUCCCUGGGAACGCCGCAGGGGCUGGGCUCUUUGCUGCAACUCGCGUCUCCCUGUCACCAGUCGCCGAUGGCCUGACCGAACGCCGCUUGUCCCUGCGUGGAUGUGGCGAAAGGGUGGUGAGGUGGUGGCACUGGGACUGCUGGACGAGGCAGGCUGCGAUGAAGACGACGGCUCCUGGCUCCCAGCUCGAGGUGCAGACUGCGUGGAUGCUCAGCCUCCCGAAUCCAGAAUUAGGAGCUUGUAA